AUGAGUACGUUGCGAGAAAAUAAAGAUGAUCGGCCAGUGGUUUAUCUUGACGAAACGUGGGUAAACCAAAACCACUCACGCAGCCUUAUUUGGCAAGAUGAAAAUAAUUCAAGUGGUCUGAAGGUGCCGACGGGUAAAGGAGGCCGACUUAUUGUAUGCCACGCAGGUUGUGCUCGCUACGGGUUCAUAGAAGGGUCAAAAUUGGUAUUUCGAAGCAAUACCGGAAAUACGACGGAUUAUCAUAAUCAGAUGAAUGGUGAAGUAUUUAAAGAGUGGUUUAUUCAACUAUUAAAAAAUCUAGAAGAGCCAUCAAUAAUAGUUAUGGAUAACGCACCUUACCAUUCAAUCCUCAAAGAUAAAUAUCCCAAAAGUAAUUGGAAAAAAGUCGAAGUACAACAAUGGUUAAAUGAAAAUAAUGUCGAGUUCCAUCCAUUGGAAACUUUAGCUGAACUUCGGCAAAAAGUUAAAACCUAUUGCCACGUGAAAAAAUUUACGAGUUGGAUUACAUUGCAAUGGAAAUGGAUCAUGAGGUAA